AUGUCAUCUACCAGCACCUCGGUCAAAACACCCAAGCUAGGUGUACUCCAGCUCAAGACCAACUUCCCUCGACCUGCAGGAGAUGUCGGCAAUGCAGCUUCAUGGGGUGAUAUUCCAGUGGUCAUCCGAGUCGUUGAGGAAGCGACGGGCGAUCUGGUAGUGGGUAACAAAUGGGGUCAAGAACUUGUAGAUGCAUUCGUGAGGGAAGGCAAAAAGUUGAUCGAGGAAGAGGGAGUGGUAGCUUUCGUAACUACUUGCGGAUUCCUCGCUACUAUGCACCCAUUCUUGGUCAACAGACUACCAUACAUUGGUACAUCCGCCUUAUUACAGGUCACAUGGUUACAACAGACUUUCUUCCCAGGAGAAGACUCGAAAGACUCGGUUGGAGUAAUCACAUUCAAAAAAUCUGCUUUGACCGUCAAACAUCUGACCAGUGUCGGUGCACACCCCGAUACGCCAGUCUACGGAUUACCAGAAGAUCCCGAUCCUACAAAGGGAGUCUUCAAGGCUGUCUUGGAAUCGCGUAUUCCAUACGACUUCGAAGGAAUGGAGAAGGAGGUACUAGCUGCUGCUCACGAGCUUACCUCGAACCACCCCAAGGUCAAAGCUAUCGUACUCGAAUGUACGAACAUUCCACCUUUCUCUCACUCGAUUCGCAAGGCUACUGGGUUGAGAGUAUACGAUGUGCUUACUUUGGGUAAAUGGUUGUAUAAUGGUGCCACGCCAACGGAUUUCAAGGCCCUGCAGGCAAAGGGUCUAUAG